GCCCGAUAAAAGAUCCGACUGUACUGUAAAAGAUACUCAUAUAUUUCGCCCCCUCAAAAUUAUUGGCUCAUUGCGGCACUGGACCCUGGGGCCCUUUUCGUCUUAUCAUUGUGGAAGACUGGAGAGCAUUUGUAAAAUUCCAGGAAGUCUCUUUCAAUUCGUUUUUUUGAAAAGUCGAGGAAGCACAUGAACUGGGUACCGGUAUGUUUAAUCAUGAAUAGGUCCAUGGUUUACACGCACCUCCAGCAACUAGCUGCCCGGCCGGCUCGACACGUACACUGAUCUGAGCGCGGCUGAGCCACCGGUCGUCCGGUACCACCGGCCGUACAACCGAGCACGCAGACGCUAAUAUACUUGACGGACUUUUAUCGCAGAGGAUAUCAGUAUUAAAUCGUCAUGACCAGUUGUGGCGAUCUUUGUAGUCAUCCAGGACUAAGUGAAUGGAUUGAACAGAAUCUGAAGAAACGCAGAGGCUGGGUUGAGUUGGAUAAACUGUGCAGUGCAAUGUCCAGCCUUCCAGACACCCACAGGGCAUGUAGAUGUGAAGUCUCAGAAGUAUUAAAAAGUUCAACCUUUCAGAAGCAUUUUCUUAUUCGAGAGAAUGUGGUCUUCUUGAAGACAAGCUAUGAAAACGGUCUCAAAAAGUUGAGAAAUCUACUUCAGGAGAGGGGCCCUUUAUCAUUAAAGACACUUCAUAAGAAUCUGAGACAAAUUCUGACAGAGGGUGAAGAAGUGGCGCUUGGAAGGAAUAAGAAAGACCUGAAAUCUACCGUAUGCAGUGAGUCUGCAAUUUUCUCAACAGAGCCGUUUACUGGUUUGAUAGUGUUAUGUGGUGUGCAUCCAAUUUUAGAUCAAUCCUGUUGUCAUUCAGGGGUGAUAGGAUGGAUUGAGCAGUGCCUUAAAAAGCAUUCUGGUUGGUCUACCAUUGAUGAUAUGAACAAGUAUAAAUCUCAGCUUGGUGCUGGUAAGCAGUCCUGUAAGUGUGCCUUGGCGUCCUUGAUAUUGCUUCCUAAUAUUCGCAAGCAUUUCCAUGUUCAAGGAAAUAAUGUCUUUGAAAAGUCGUACUACCGGUCUGGUCUCAAGAAAAUGACAGAUGUUCUUGUGAGGAAUGGUCCAACAAAGAUCAAUGUAUUGCUGAAUAUGCUGAAAGAUGCCGAUAAUCUUUCUGAGACAGAACUGAGGGCCCUUGGUGAGAAUGAGAAGGCUCUUUUGGACACCAUUUGUAAAGAACAACAAUUGUUUCAGCCAUUAUCUCAUUCUGGUCGAGUUCACUUGAAAUCUGGUUGCCGAAAGCCAUGCAGACAUCAAGCUCUAAUUGUAUGGAUUAAUAGCUACUUGAAUAAAUGCGAUGAGUGGGUUAGUAUUGAAAAGCUCUGUGAAGCCACUUCUAAAAUCCCUAAUUCUGAGAAUCUAUGUAGAUGUGAGCUCUCUGAAGUACUCCGUGAUGAAAAGCUGUCUUUUCACGUUCAGGGUAAUGAUAUUUGCUCACGGUCAUUGUUUUCAUCAAAUUAUAAAAGUGGCAUAAAGAAGAUAGAAGAUUUCUUGAAGAAGAAAGGCCCACAACCAGUAGGUAUAUUACUGAACAUGCUUAAACAAUGCAAGGUAAUGACAGCAAAUGAAGAGAGGGUACUUGGCAGGAACAAAAAGGAACUAGCUUAUACUAUCACCAGAGAGCCAUCAGUUUUCAAGUUUGUAUCUCCUCCGGGUGUUGUAAUGUUGAGGACUAGCCGUCACGAAGACAAGAACCAAGUGACCAAAGUUAUUGAGUACCUUGAAAAAUAUCUGAGAACUUGCCAGAAAUGUUAUGUGAAAACUUUGUUGAAACAAGUUGUCAGACAUGAGUCUUUGAGCACAGGAUGUAUUUCCGGGGUACGUUCACUCAGGAGAUUGCUAGCAGCACACCCCGAACGUUUCCUCAUACACGGUGAUGGAAGUGUGUCUCUCACAAAGAGACGCCGAAAGGCCCUCAGUGACCCUCCAAAGUCACAUGGAAUUAAAAGGCAUGGAGCCCCAGAAGUCUCUGUUGAACAGUCUGUGGAUGAACCAGUACAUACACAAGUAUUUUGUUCAUCUACUGAAGAUAUGAACGCCUCAAAGUCAUUGAAUGCCGGUGACAAGAACAUCAAUCUUGACUCUACUUCAAUCUGCAAACAAACAGAAAUUUCUCAUGAAGCUGGUAAAAGUGAAUCCUCAAGAGAUUUCAAUAGAGGCUUGUGUUUCAUUGAAAAGCUCCUUGAAAAUCAUGGACCUAUGAUGUUGCAAGACAUUCAUACUUCCAUUGUAGCUUCUUCAAAACUUGACAAGCCAGCAAGAAGAAUCCUUGGGAGAACACCAGAGGAGUUGCUCUCAAUACUCCUGUUGCAGAAAGACACUUUUCAUGUCAUACCCCCAAGUGACCUUGUUGUGUUGUGCAAGACAGCACAAAUGAAAGUAAAUCCGUGGGUGACUGGUCUGAAGAAAGUAGAGGAGUAUUUAAAAAGGAGUCGUCAAUUAGAUGAGCUGGUGGAUUUCAUUAGAAGUAACCUUACAGUACAAGAGAGGCGAGUAUUUGGGGAAUCAAAGAAGAAAGUAAAUCGUACUCUUGCCCUCUGCAAAGAUAGAUUUCUGAAUAGCAGUGGCGUUAUUAUUCUUAGAUCUGCUCAAGUACCAUUAUCUAGAGUUGAAGGAGGUGUGACAAAGAGAAAGAUCAAGGGAAAAGAUAAUGCUGAAUGCACAGAAGAAAACACAAGCAAAAAGCGAAAAACUGAUCCUAAAUUUCAGACACCAAGAGGCUCUAUGGUAGUUCAUGUUGUUGAGACAGCUGAAGAAUGGGCACAGGCCUGUUCUUCUCUCUUUGAAAGUAAAUCAUCAGUGGUUGGCAUAGAAUGUGACAGUAAGUGGUUUGUAUUGAAGCAGUGGGAUGGUAAAGUGAUCGCAGCAAAGAUCCAGCGGUGUGUAGCCCAAGCAUCAUCCAAAUGUGAGCAGCCUGUGGGACAGAGCAGGACACCAAGCAAAACAGGAGACAUUUUUGAGCAGUUAUCACUUCUUCUCACAAGUUCAACUAUUCUCAAGGUGGUGUAUGAUGUCCAAAAGAUCUCUUCUAUGCUGCGUGAUAAGAUGCCUCUCAACAUCGAAAACGUAUUUGAUAUCAAGGUGGCUAAUCAACUCAUCAGUCGCACCAGCCUGUCACAUUGGAUACCCCAUCCUUUAUCAUUCACAGAACUGUGUGAGAGGUAUAGCAUUAUUCCGUCUGCUGUAGUCCAAGUGGUCUCUCAAUCUGUCAGUGGAGUUGAUGAUCAGGAUGUCGCAAAUCUGAAGAACAUGGCUGUCCUGACCUGUACCCUUAUACCACAUUUCUUGCGCAAGAUGUACAGAGAUUUGAAUGUGGAUCUUCUCACAGAGCACAACUGCAUUGUUGAAGAGCUCUGUAAUGCAUGGAGAAAAGGACCUCAAUCAAGACUAAGUUCCAGCAGAGAUCUUGAUAUAUCUUCAGCUCAAGAGCAGGAAAUGCCCAGCGUGCAAGCACCUCAGCCUUGCAUUACUGAUUGCCCUGUACCUGUUGAAGAACCGAGUACUGCUGGAGAAUGUGAUCCAGGAAGACAAUUUCCAUCAUCGGCUGAAGAGCCAGGGUCAGGAACUCAACCUCUGGAGCAUACUAAAGCAGUCUCGGGCCAGGAGCAGGGAACCCCUUUGGCUAGUACUCAUAUCCUGGAUCCUCAUCCCCUUCUGCAAUCUGGAAGCUCUUUUAUUCCAUGCGAUUCUGGUUCACGGUCAGGCAUUCAUCCUCCAGGGGAUCCUAAAACAUCAGUCCAGGAGCUGGGAUUUUCCCCUAUCAAUGCACAGAUUGUCAAUUCUCAUGCUCUCAUUCUGAAAGCUGGAGGAUCCUGUACUCCAUGGGCUUGUGAUUCACAGUAUAGAAAUCUUACCCCCAAGGAUUCGAAGGCAACUUCAAUUCAUGAGCAGGGAGCUUCUGUGGUCAGCAAGCAGGUGGUGGACCCUUGUGUUCCUGAUCCUCCAAUAUUGCAUUCUCAACCAUCUUGUGUCCCAUGGAUGUCUGCUUGGCAGUCAAGAAGAAAUCAUGCUCCUCAAUAUACUAAUGCAACUUCAGUCCAAAUGCAGGGGAUGCCAACUACCAACAAGCCAAUCCUGAAAAUUCCAAAGCCUGGCCCUAAUCAUAUUGGAGAUGUCUGUCUAGCUGGUAAUGGAGAGGUAGGGAUGUCUGUGCUAAACAAGUGCCUUCCUAACCCUCAAAAUCUCUCCGCUAAUGUACCGUAUGCUCCUAAAGAAUCUGUUUUGAGCCAUGAAAAUCAACUUCUAACAAACUCUAACUCUUCUGCAGGGAGAGUACAAGGAAUCACUUCAACAAGCACACAGAUUCCUAACCCUCCAUUGCAGGAUCCACGUGUUCGUCAUGUUGAAGAGCUGUAUGAGGCAUUGGAGGCGGGUUUGGGUGCAGGCAAAUAUCUUCCUAAGUAUUCCCGUAAGUCUUCCGCAAAGAAACAGCAGAAACAUCUUUGAUGAGAUGUCUAACCCUUCUUUUCCACAUCCUAGAUUGUCUUUAGGGGAGAGUUGUCAACAUUGUAUUUUCUAGGUAAGAGGAUAUUUGAAGAAGUGUUGUCUUUUACAACUUAUUCCUACAUUUUGCUUAAGUAUCAUUAGAUGGGCUAUAAUAAAUUCCUUACCCAAGUACUAAGGGAUAUACAUUUUUAGAAUCAAAUAAUAUAUACUGUUUAUCACAGUAUGGUACCUAACACUAUCAAAGGGAGAUAUCUUGGGCCCAUUUAAUAAAGGGUUACAACUAUUGCCAUUAUGGCCACUACCAUCGUGGUAAAGGCUUUGCAGCCAAUCAAAAUCAAGGUUUCUUUCCAUGGGAGUUAAUGCCAAAUUUACAAUUAUAGGCUUAACUAUUUUAAACAGGCCUUAUGAUAUCAUAUUUCAGUAUGAAAUUAUGACUUUCGAUUCCUCUACAAAAUUGAUAAUUUAUUCCUAUUGUCCUUACUAAAGGAUAAAUGGAAAAAAUAUCGUCCUUACUAAAUGGCUGAAUGAAUCCAAAUAAGCAGCAUAAUGAUAAUUAUAGGAACUUUAUAAAAAAUUUAGUGGCUAAUUGUUUAAAUUGAUAAUUUUGUAAACCACGAUUGGAAUAGGUGAUGACUGGAUUUAAUAUACAUGAAUCCAUGGUAAUCUGAAGCUUUGCUUUUCUCUAUAUAUGAUAUAUGAUAUGUUUUUUCUUAAGAAUGAUCACUGUAAUUAUCAGAAAUUACCAGUAGUGCGUCUGAAUGUAUCUCUUGCUUCCAAAAUACUUUGUUACCUUAUUCAAGGUUUGUAAGAUCAUUGAUCAUGAUUUAAGGCUUUAUGGCAUAUUAGAUUUGGGACUGUAUAUUACAGUGGUUUAUUAAAAGUGAUGUUAAGACAAGCAAGAAAGUAACUAGAGAGUAAUGUUAUUUGCUUAUGACUUAAAAACAUAAAUAUAUCAUUAUGUUUUAUGAAAUUAGCUCAUGUCAUCUUGACUUGAGAUAUCUAGAAAUCUUUGUAUGUUUACAUGCUUUUUGAGUACAUGUAUACCUUGCAUUGUUAGUAUCAUAAAGGAAAAAAGAGUAAUUGCUUUUGGUAUAAAUUUGUUCAGAAUUUGUUAUGUUUUUGUUAUUUUUUUUAAUAGAGACUUCCACAUAUUCAGAUACCAAUUGAUAUGAUUUCAAGACGAGUAAUUUGUCAUAUAAACAAUCAACUAUCAUGAUUUUUUUAAUGUUUUUUAUCAAGACCACUAUAAAUUCCUUUUUAUAUGCAAUAAAUUAAUAUUAACACCCUUAUGCUCACCUGUUUUUAAUGCAUUUUAAGGGUAAGUUAGUUGUUUUGAUGAGGUAUCAAGCGUAAGUUGAUGGCAUGGGUUUUUUGUUUCAUAUUAUCUAUUGGACAAGUAGGGUUUGGAGUGAUUUUGGGAUGUACAUGUAAACAUCGAAGGAAGAAAUUGGGGAAAUGAGAUAAGAACUAGAGCUGUAAUAUGAGUUUGUUGAUACAGUUUACAAGUUUAAUUAUAGUUUCUAACUAUUUGAAUAAAACCAUUAACAGCAUUCCAUUUAAGAAAUUACCAAGUAAUCAAAAUGAAAACAUUGUUAUCAUUAUUAAUGAAAAAUCAGAUGGCUUCAUAUUGUUAAAAAAAAGCUUCUUGAAUUUCAUGGCUUGCUUCCUAGCUAAAUGAUAUGAAUCUUAAUAAUUUCCUUUCUUCAUAGGAAAUGAUAUACUGUACAUCCCAAUUGUGUAUAUGUCUUCAGAACAAUUUCAAAGAGACGAUAUAUGGAAAUACAUGGUGUAGCUCAAUUAUAUUCCUCUCAUCAACUUUGCUAAAAGAAAUAUGUUGUCUCAAUUUCUCCUUUCCACAGAAAAUUAUAGAUGCCUUUUAGGGAACACUUGCCUCUAUUGCCCCAAAAAGUUGAGUAAAUUGCACGGGGAAUACCAUGGAUGGGCAUGUAAUCACAGUGCUAAAAGUCUAUUUCCACUUAUUAUCAUUGAUCAAGUUCAAUCACUAUUCAGAAUUUUUCUUUCAUGAUAUCAUUAUACAGUGGAAAGUUUCAUUAAUGAAACUUUUGAUCUUGCAACUUUGCGAUUAUCAGACUUCUUUUUACCAAGAAUCUUGGUUUGAUAUUUCAUAAAUUAACCCUUGUACUUAGUAAUGUGGAUAUUUCUUUCCAGGAAUAAGUAAUAAAGUAUUAUGUCAAUCUGAUAAUGCAACUCAAUUCAUCACCAUCCAGUUUGCAUUUUCACUUCACUUGCUGCUAUGUCUGGCAAGCUUUCAGGUGUUGAGUUUAGUGUUCAUGUUUGAAUAGCAGGGGAAGGUGGGGUAAGUUGAGCAUAGGGGCAAGUUGAGCCACCAUCCCCAGGCCGAUAACGAAUGAGUCAGACAUUAUGGUGGUGUCAUGUAUUGAUGACCCAUUACAUAACCCUUAACCCCAUCACAUUGUUUUCAACUUUGAAACAAAAAGUACUUUUUUAGAGGGAAAAAUACAAAUUUCAGCCAAAAAAGUAAAAAAGGGUGUGAAAUAUAUCAGUGCUUUUUACCCACACACGUCUUU